AUGGACACAAACAAUGGACGAGAUGAUGCUUUUCGUAGGGCUCCUUUGAGAUAUAUGGGUUUAUCGUACGAAAUCCUAUUCACUGCUUUUCCUCUAUUUACUUGGAGAAUUUUUCCAAUUGGACAAUCUUUGAGAAAUGUUUAUAUAAGUAUGGAUGUUAUGGAUAAAAGUUAUCCUAAAUUCAAAACCCAAGGAUCCGCCUCUGCUCUUGUCACCGGUGGAGACGCAUUUUUAUGGCAAUCCUUGGCUUCAAUAGCAAUUCCAGGGAUUUCUUUACGUUUUGUUAGAAAAGUCGUGUUCUCUCUAUUCAAGUCUCCGCCGUUAUCGCAAAUUUUAACCCUUGCGACUAUUCCAGCAAUUGUUCCCUUCGGAGAUGAUGUUACGGAAUCUCUUAUGAAUUUGUCUUAUAGAGAAAUAUUUGGAAAAUCUUAUUGA